AAAAUACAAACACCUCACAGUGUGUGUGUGUGUGUGUGAGAGAGAGAGAGAGAGAGAGAGAGAGAGAAUGGUGCUGUGGGAGAUCGCGCUGGUCACUGCGUAUUUCUUGGGGCUGAGACAAACCCACAGACUUUCUCUCACUCUUGUGCCACGCAUCACAAGCCCUAAGUAUCCCGGUGGCCGUCGAUUUCUUCAAGGUUUUCUGACCGGGGUUGCAUAUUCAAGAAUAAAGAGUAAGAUUUUUCCCUUUCCUAAUCAAAGACGAGGACGUGAAUUCAAUGUAGCGUUCAAGGUUCAGCGGAACAUACUACAGGAGAAAGCCAAAGAAGUUGGUUGGAGUUCUGGGAACUGGAUUCCAAGUUGGAUGAAACCUUCAUAUCAGAUCCGGGUUCAUCCUCCUGCACUACCACCAAGUGCUGGCUCAAGCAUGAGCUGGACAAAUCAGGAAACCAGUAUUUCCUUCAAACUGGAAACUCAUUCGAGCACCCAGACAUUCAGAAAUCUGGUAUGUGAUGGGCAUCUAUUUACCAGGUUGAAGAGUUUGUGGAAUAAUAGACCCUAUCCUGGCAUUUCAAUGACAAUGAGACUACCAAAGCCUACUGCUGGUACAAUGACCCAGUCUAAGAACUUGUUCAUCAAUAGACCUGAAGCUGUAAGAACAUUGAACUAUAACAGAGGUGGGCUUGACGGAGGAGUCAUUCGGAAGGAUAUUAGGCAGUGGAUUGCAGCGAAAAUGAACCAGUGAAAGAAAUAUGUUCUACUUGCUGUUUUGGAUUCCAAGAAUGAUUUUUUUUUUUUUUUUUUUUUUUGGUCGAUGUCGAAAGAUGAGUGUUAAAUGUAUUUGUUUUAGCAUGUUGCUAAUAUUCUGGCUUCAGUUAAGGAUUUUUUCUAUUUUUGGUUUCUUAUCCAAAUAGUCUUUGUAUAUAUACUUUCUAACAACUUUCUGGAGUAAGUUUUUAACGUUUUUUAGUAGAAAGAUGAAUAUUUGCUUCA